AUCGACGAUUAAAUUCCAGGCGUCUGAACAAUGGCGGUGUAGUUCCCAUACCUCACUAGAGGAUCUCUAACCGGUUAUAGCUGAAACUCCGAUUUGAUAGUGCAUAUAGUAAUAUUGUUAUCUUUCAAGCGAUAGUGUAGGUAGGCGGCAUGUAGUAUUUUCUAAAUAAAAAUAUAAAAAUAAAUAUUCGGCAAUCUUUGUUGUAUUAUUUUUUAAUCGAAUAUCAAACAAAUAAUGCGAAGAAUCAUGAAGGGUAAACGCAGAAAGUCCGACAGCCCGAGUGACGCCGAGUCUGAAGAAAAUGGCGAUAAUGCGCACAAAACCGAAGUCACUGGUGAUGAAGCUAAACCUGACGAUGAUAAUGGCGAAAAUGCGGUAAAAUCGAAACGUAAAACGCCUCGUGGACGAGAGAGUAAAGCCGCAGAAGAAAAUGCUGAAACAGAAACAAAACAAGGCGACGAGGUCGAUGUUAAUUCGUCAGAUACCUCGUCCCGGCAUGAAAACGGAAAUGUCACCAAGAGCGCCGGUGAUAAACGCCGAAAAAAGGAGGACCGAAAAGCCACUACUUCUCAAGAAAAGGAAGAUAGUAGUCAAGAAUAUGAGGUAGAAAAAAUAGUCUCACGUCGCACUAUCAAAGGCCGGCGUCAAUUCCUAGUUAGAUGGAAAGGAUAUGACGAAAGCUCCGAUACGUGGGAAAAUGAGAAGGAUUUAAAUUGCCCUCAACUGAUAGAAGACUUUUUAGUUGAUGAAGAAAUGCAGCAAAAUCAAGUUACGCAGAAUUCAGAAGAAAAACCAGGCAAAUCAGCAAAAACCAAAUCACCAAGAGCUGCUAAAAGAAAACGAAAAUCAAAGACUGUAAAAAAAAAUGGCGAUGAUAAGUCUGAAGCAAAUGAUGAUGGGACGGAUGAAAAAGCUAAUUCUACUGAAAAAAAGCCAAAGAAAACGAGGCUGUCCAAACACAACAAUGACAAUGAUGUUAAAGUUGAUGAUAGUGAAGAAGAAUCGAGUAAAGAAUUUGAAGUUGAAAAAAUUAUAGAUGUCCAUUUUAAAAAAAAUAAAAGUAGAGAAUUUUUAAUUCGUUGGAAAGGUUUUAAACCUUCUGACGAUACAUGGGAACCAGAAAGCAAUUUAAAUUGUCCCGACUUAAUAUCCAAGUUUAUGGAUAAAGUUGAAAAAGCAAAGACUACCGAUUUACGAGAAUUGAGAACAAACCCUUCUCAUACUAAAAGAUAUACUUUAUCAAUGUACGAUCGACAGAGACGUCUUUCGCGCAGAAACAUGGGUAAAGAAAGGGCAACAUACCAUCAAUGUGAUUAAAAUAUAUAAAAAAAAUACAUCAAAUGAUAGAUUAUUUUAAAAUUUAUUUCAUUUAUAAAUUUGAAAA